CAGAAGCGCCCUCCUCAGGCUCUCGGCGUGGCCGUCCUCGCGCUCCCGCCAAAAUCAAGCCCCGGACCUUCGGCGUGGCGCGUUUGCCCGCCUCAACACUGUUGGCCUCAUUCCAAAAACCAGUUUUGUUUUAUUUCUAAAUUCACGUCGGCUCUUUUUUCCCUGGCGACGUCUGGAGAAGGGCAGGAAAAUAGCUUGUAUCAGCGUGUUAUGAUGCCAUCUCUUACCAAUCUGGCUACUGGAAUCCCCGGUAGUAAAGUGAAAUACUCAAGGCUAUCCAGCACAGAGGAUGACUAUAUUGACCUUCAGUUUAAGAAAAGUCCUCCUAAGAUACCUUAUAAGGCCAUUGCACUUGCCACUGUGCUGUUUUUGAUCGGCGCCUUUCUCAUUAUCAUAGGCUCUCUCCUGCUGUCGGGCUACAUCAGCAAAGGGGGGGCAGACCGGGCCGUUGCAGUCCUGAUCAUUGGCAUUCUGGUGUUCCUGCCGGGAUUUUACCACCUGCGCAUUGCCUACUAUGCAUCCAAAGGCUACCGGGGUUACUCCUAUGAUGACAUUCCAGACUUUGAUGACUAGCACCCACCUCAGCCCUGAGGAUAAAAGUCACAGUGGGACUGUACCCAGCUUUAAGAUAUUGAGCAGAAACUAUGGCUAAGGGCUAAGGAAUUCUGCAGUUUGCAGAUGUUUAACAAAACAAUGGCCAGAUUUUAUGGGUCUAUCCCAAAGACGUUAACUGAGCUUACAAUUAGCUAAAUAGGAUAUGCUCUAUCGUUCAUCUUCCAGCCCCAGCCCCGGCAAAAGCUCCUGACAAGUUUUUCCACGUGGGUAUAUAUCAUGGAAGAAUAGCAGUGUUAACUCUCAGGGGGAGUUAGAGGUCAUUCUGUAGUGAGAAGUGCUGUGGCUGCCACCCUCUUAAAAAUUGAGCAUUUCUUUUACAUACUCUUCAUUGUUGGUUUGUUCUUAUAGCAAAUGGAAGGAUGCAGUAUAUCUAAUUUUUCAUUACUAGGUAAUUUAUUUUUAAAAUAUCUAAGUAUCUUAUCUCCUACACUUAUCUCUAUCUUCAUGUUCUAGUGGAAGACCUUGAUAAAAUCAAAUAUUAGUGUGGGUCCAUCUGUAAUAUUUUUUUUUACUCUCUGUUACUGAUGGAGUUUGGAUGUGUUGUCCCCUCCAAAACUCAUGUGGAAAUUUGAUCCCCAAUGUAGCAGUGUUGGAAGCUGAUUGAGUCAUGGGGGCAGAUCCCUCAUGAAUGGAUUAAUACUCUCCCUAGGUGGAAGGAGUAAUGAGUGAGUGCUCGCUCUAUUAGUUCCAAGAGCUGGUUGUUUGAUAGACCUUGCACCUCCUCUCUCUCUCUCUCUGCUUCAUCUCACCAUGUGAUCUGCUUGUACCUACUGAUUGCCUGCUGCUUUCUGCCAUGAGUAGAGGCAGCCUGAGGUCCGUGCCAGAAGCAGCUAUCCCAGAAUUGUAAGCCAAAUAAACCUCUGUUCUUUAUAAAUUA